UAGUGUGCACAUGGGACGAGAGUAUGGUUAGGAGUUCAGGUUUUUUUAUUCGUCGUUGCUUUUUGAAUGAGACUUAUUCAGUGUGUAAACCGCAGUCGACGUCUAACAACCGACUAUCGCCUUAGGUACGAGUGUGCGCGACUUGUUAAACGUGGUAAAUACAAUAAAACGAUUGAUCAAAUAUCGUGAGUUUCUAGUGGAAAAUGAUUAUACAAAUUAAUUCCGAGAGAUGACAAGCGAGAGAAUACCUAUAUGGCUGUAUGACAAAAAACUAUGGAUAAAUUAUGCCGAUCGACGAACAACAUGUGCUGACAUAAUUACCAAUUUAACCGGACAUGAUAGCAAAUAUGUAGUAACAGUGGAAGAAGGUAGUAUUCAUCCAGGAGAAAUGAUAAUUGCUGAACCUGGAGCAAAAAUAUUAAAAAUUUGGCAAAGUUUAGGACUCAAUCAAAAAUUAUGUCUCCAAAAAGUCGGCGGCAGCAGAUUUGCAUCGGAUGACACAUCUGAGCUUAGCUAUGCACAGAGAAAAAAACGAAGGGAAGUUGUUAAAUAUGCUUCAAGAACAGUCCAUCCUAAACGAUUAAGUAAUACCCAAGCAGCAGAAGAACUAUUGAAAAUUAUUUUAGAACAAAGCGACACAAUUAGAACUCAAUUGAAAAAAUUACAAGAUCGAGACAAAAAAAUUGAAAAAAUUGAAACCGACACACAUAAAACUAGGUCAAAUGUACUGGGAACAAAUUAUUUAUUAGAAGCAUACAUGGGCGAUGAUAAAGAAGAAAAGGAUAGUGGCAUAGCAGAAGGGGCUGCCAGUAUUGAAAAUGAUGAAGCAGAUUUUUUGGAAGCUAUCACUUAUUUAGAGCAAAUCGUCAAGAUUAAUAAAAAGCUGUGUGAACACGAAGAAAGAUUAAUAAGAUUAUUUGUAAAUAUUGAAAGAUGUCGGGAUAAAGAACAAUUAUUAAAUGAACUACAACGAGUUGAUACUCAGAUAAAAGAAGCUGAACAAAUGUUCUAUGAAAAUUCUGAGCUAUUAAAUAACAGUGAUAUUAAUUUACGAAAUAGACUAGGUUAUAUUGAACAGUUACAGUAUGAAGCAGCUAUUGUAGACAGUGAAAAUGAAUACUUAAUGAGUUUCAUUGAAAAUAAUAACAGACAACAAAGUAAAAUUGAAAAUCAUUCAUACCGUACACUUGAUACUCUGGUUUAAUCUGAAUACAUAUGAAUAAUAAAUCUGUAUAUAAUUAAAUUAUAGUCACUUUUUAUUGUUGAUUAAUAGUUACUGUUGAAAAUAUAUUAAUAAUUUAAAACAAUUGACAUGACAUUGAGUUGUUCAAGUUUUAAUACAUAUUUUUAAACAAGAAAUUGAAUUCUUAAUAAUAGAAAUUUCUGAGGUAGCCUUGAAAGUAUAAAAUGUCAAUCUCAAAAGCUAAAUAAUAUGAUAAAAAAUCUUUUUUUUAGAUGACUGUAGGAUAUAAUAUGUACAUUAACAAUAUAAAUUGAUCUAUACUUUCUUCAACUUAACUCAUCAACAUAAAUACAUUUUUUUAAUAGUAAUUAUGGGGUAUAUUAAAAAUAUUUUUGGUUUUCAAUUAUUGAUAUUAACAAAAUAAAACAAUGUAUGCUUUUAAACUUGAUAAAAAUACUAUGAAUUAUUUAACUAUGACUUAUCAUGUUCCUAAGUCCGUUUUUAAUUUGUUAUUACCAAUUUUUAUUAAUAAAAUAAAAAAUAUAUUUUCUAUCAUACAUAGUCAAUAUAAAAUAUAUAUCCACACCAAACAUUAUGUUUUAUGUAAUUAAGUAUUCAUUUUAUAAUAAUUAAAAAAUAAUUUCUUAAUUUAGAAAAACAGUACAAAAACUUUGAUAGUAUGAACAAAUACUGUGAAUGAUCGAAAGAAUAUAAUUAAUAUUACAAGAAAAUAAUAAAGUGAAGUUUACAAUGUAUUUGUGUAUAUUGUUUAUAAUUUCUUUAUCCAAACAAAUUUUUUUGUGAAAAAUAAUAUUUUCAAUAAGUUAUUUUAAAAGCCAUAUGAUAUUUUAUAAAAUAUUUCUUCACUCAGUUUCCAUAGCAACAGCAGGUAUCGGAUCCUGAGGUCCUUCAGGUCCAUCUUGAGGUGGCUGAGGUCCACUUCCAGUUGAUUCAGCUGAAGGAGCAGGUGCUCUUCUUUCUUCCCCUUCAAUUAGAGAUAACUUAGUUUGUGUUUUUUCUUCAUCAUAAAUUUCAAAUUGUUGACCUUUACCAACGACAGCAAUAGAAACAUUCUAUUUGAAACAUAAACAUUGAUAAAUUAGUUGUUUACAAGAAAAAUAAGGAUUAAAAACUUAAUUACCUUUGAAUUUAAAUUAAUAUCAUUAGGUAAUGUAUCUCUCAAAGCUCUCAUUCCAUGUUUUAGUAAUUCUUCCAGAGAGCAUUCUUUAAAUGCAUCUAAAUUCCUUUCUAAAUAUGUACGAGCACUCUGUGAUCGUGAUCCAAUAGCCAUAGCUUUACAAUCAGUGUAGUUUGCAGAUGGACAAGUUUGAAAAAUAUGAGGACCAUUAUCCUGUUAAAAUAAAAAUAAAAAUCAUAAAUUACAAAAAAAAAAUCAUCUUUUAAAAAAUUAAUUACAAAAUAGAAAAAAACAGUCAAAAUGAAUAAUAAAAAUGAAAAAAAAAAAUAGAAAUUAUUUAACAGUGCACUAACAUUAAAACAUACAUAGUAUUAAAAUAUUUGUAACUCAAUAAGUACUUAUCCUAAAAUUUGUUAUCAACUCUACAACAUUUUUGUAAGAAAAGCUAAAAAAUGGCUAUUUUUAAGUUUCAAAAAAAUAAUAAAAAAAUAUGUUUUAAAUGUAAUUCAAAACUAGAAAAAUUAUUUAAAAAAAAAAGAUCCAGCACAGUGGGGUCGUGGCAUAGUUGGGUCUA